AAAACCACCCUCGAAGUACUGGAUUAUGAAGUGGACUUGUUAUGGGUCAGGAAGAGGACAUUCCUCAACAAAUAAUAGUUUAAUAACGUUGCAAAGGUGACAAAUCGUUCCGUCGAUGGAUCUAAAUGAAGAUCGUGUUCAUGCGAUGUGCACCCGGAUAUGCUUGUGUGUUCUCUGCGGUUUACCUGCAGCAGGAAAGUCGACGCUUGCACAGGCGCUCAACUCUCACUCUGUCCAACGAGGAUGGAGGUCCGCUGUCAUUUCUUACGACGACCUGAUUCCCGGUGACGCUUUCAAUGUGAAGGAAGUCGAGGAUGAGGAGGAUAUUCCGCGAUCGCAGACGCAGACUGAAUGGAAAUGUCACAGACAAGCGGUGCUGCGGUGUGUUGAACAGUUCCUACAGAGUCCCACAGAGCAGCUACCACCAAUCAUCUACCAGAUCAACAGGGAUGCCCGGAGUCGUCUCCUUCACGCCGCUCAGGCCUGCGGGACACCGGCAGGCUCUUCUCAGGCCUGCGGGACACCGGUGGGCUCUUCUCAGGUCUGCGGGACACCGGCGGGCUCUUCUCAGGCUUACCCGUCACCUUCAGAUCGACCACCGCCGCCACUCGUCAUUCUGCUGGACGACAACUUCUACUAUCCAAGCAUGAGAUACGAGGUGUACCAACUGGCCAGAAAACACUCUGUGGGAUUCUGUCAGGUGUACGUCCACUGUCCCGUGGAGUCGUGUGUCAGGAGAAACCAGCUGAGGCCCCAGCCGUUACCCAGUGAUGUUAUAGUAGAGAUGGCCAAGCGCAUGGAGCCUCCAAACCCUCAGAGAAACUCAUGGGAGCAGAACAGUGUCACUCUGGACAGCGAACACCACUUCACCAUAGAAUACAUCCAAAGGUUGGUGAAGGUGAUCUCUACUGCGUUGGAGAACCCACUGAGUCCAGUCCAGGACAACACUGAGCAGAAGGAGGCUGAUCGUCAGAGCUGUGUGUCCAGUGUGGUCCACCAGGCUGACCAGGCCUGCAGACGCCUGGUUUCACAGGCCAUGCAGGAGGCCAGAGAGCAUCAACUUCCCUCAGAGAGGAUGAGGUCUCUGGCAGCCGACUUCAAUGAAUCCAAAACCACAUUUCUCCAGGACCUGCGGAGACAAGUUCUCCACGGCCUUCCCUUAACCCAGGGAGAGGGCGUGGAGGUGGAGCGGGUUGUGAACAGAGCCGUGGAGGUGGAGCGGGUUGUGAACAGAGCCGUGGAGGUGGAGCGGGUUGUGAACAGAGCCGUGGAGGUGGAGCGGGUUGUGAACAGAGCCGUGGAGGUGGAGCGGGUUGUGAACAGAGCCGUGGAGGUGGAGCGGGUUGUGAACAGAGCCGUGGAGGUGGAGCGGGUUGUGAACAGAGCCGUGGAGGUGGAGCGGGUUGUGAACAGAGCCGUGGAGGUGGAGCGGGUUGUGAACAGAGCCGUGGAGGUGGAGCGGGUUGUGAACAGAGCCGUGGAGGUGGAGCGGGUUGUGAACAGAGCCGUGGACGUCUUCAACAAAGAGAAACAGGAAAUCAUUGCAAGAUACCUUCCUCCUUAUGACACAGAAAAUGAGGGAUAGAUGAUUAUGAGCCAUUAUGUCACUUUCAUUGAUUCUAUGUAAAUAGACACACAUAUUGACGUUAGUAAUUACAUUUCUAUAUUUUUCUGACAAAAUGUCCAACCUGUUAGGUGCAUAUACAGGGUGGAACCAAGCAAGGUAGAACCAAGCAAGGUGGAACCAAGCAAGGUGGAACCAAGCAAGGUAGAACCAAGCAAGGUGGAACCAAGCAAGGUAGAACCAAGCAAGGUGGAACCUAGCAAGGUGGAACCAAGCAAGGUGGAACCAAGCAAGGUAGAACCAAGCAAGGUAGAACCAAGCAAGGUGGAACCAAGCAAGGUGGAACCAAGCAAGGUAGAACCAAGCAAGGUAGAACCAAGCAAGGUGGAACCAAGCAAGGUGGAACCUAGCAAGGUGGAACCAAGCAAGGUGGAACCUAGCAAGGUGGAACCUAGCAAGGUGGAACCUAGCAAGGUGGAACCAAGCAAGGUGGAACCUAGCAAGGUGGAACCUAGCAAGGUGGAACCUAGCAAGGUAGAACCUAGCAAGGUAGAACCUAACAGGGUGGAAUGUGGAGGCUAACUUAGCCGUAGCACUGGGUGGAACCUAGCAAGGUGGAAAUGUGGAGGCUAACUUAGCCGUAGCACUGGGUGGAACCUAACAAGGUGGAAAUGUGGAGGCUAACUUAGCCGUAGCACUGGGUGGAACCUAACAAGGUGGAAAUGUGGAGGCUAACUUAGCCGUAGCACUGGGUGGAACCUAGCAAGGUGGAAAUGUGGAGGCUAACUUAGCCGUAGCACUGGGUGGAACCUAGCAAGGUGGAAAUGUGGAGGCUAACUUAGCCGUAGCACUGGGUGGAACCUAGCAAGGUGGAAAUGUGGAGGCUAACUUAGCCGUAGCACUGGGUGGAACCUAACAAGGUGGAAAUGUGGAGGCUAACUUAGCCGUAGCACUGGGUGGAACCUAACAAGGUGGAAAUGUGGAGGCUAACUUAGCCGUAGCACUGGGUGGAACCUAGCAAGGUGGAAAUGUGGAGGCUAACUUAGCCGUAGCACUGGGUGGAACCUAGCAAGGUGGAAAUGUGGAGGCUAACUUAGCCGUAGCACUGGGUGGAACCUAGCAAGGUGGAAAUGUGGAGGCUAACUUAGCCGUAGCACUGGGUGGAACCUAGCAAGGUGGAAAUGUGGAGGCUAACUUAGCCGUAGCACUGGGUGGAACCUAGCAAGGUGGAAAUGUGGAGGCUAACUUAGCCGUAGCACUGGGUGGAACCUAACAAGGUGGAAAUGUGGAGGCUAACUUAGCCGUAGCACUGGGUGGAACCUAACAAGGUGGAAAUGUGGAGGCUAACUUAGCCGUAGCACUGGGUGGAACCUAGCAAGGUGGAAAUGUGGAGGCUAACUUAGCCGUAGGACUGGGUGGAACCUAGCAAGGUAGAAAUGUGGAGGCUAACUUAGCCGUAGCACUGGGUGGAACCUAGCAAGGUGGAAAUGUGGAGGCUAACUUAGCCGUAGCACUGGUUGGAACCUAGCAAGGUGGAAAUGUGGAGGCUAACUUGGCCGUAGCACUGGGUGGAACCUAACAAGGUGGUAAUGCGGAGGCUAACUUAGCCGUAGCACUGUGAGUGAUCAAGAUCCAGCUGGCAUAAUGGUGAACACUUGAAGAUAAUUUUUUACUGUUCUGUCAAACAUAAUUUAAAAUGAUCAAAUGUUCAUCUACUUUAGCCGAACAGCAGGGGACAUUUUAAGAGUGAGACUGUACUGACUAACAUCAUGAAACAUUAAAAUGUAGAUGUAAACCGAGUGUUGAUACUUAAUGUAGCGUUGCGCUGUUAUGGACACUUCCUGAUUGUGAUGUCAUCAUCCACUGAAAACAAAAUGGUCAAAAAUGCAAAUAAAAUUCCCAUUGAGAUCGA